UCCCUGUGGAGGACCGGGCCACGUCCCUGCCAGUUCGCUUCACUCCUCGAGGCGCAGUGGUUCUGGCUAACGGCGAGCUCGACGAACAUCUAGCAAGAUUAACACCACCAAGAAUCAAUAGUUUCGCGUUAUGACUCACCAUUACCUGCUAUUUACUGUUCUGGCCACGUGGUGCCUAUCUCACGCCAACUGCGGCUUCCCAAACGUAAACCCAACGCUGGGCGAGCCAUGGCCGAAGCCGCAGCAGCAGGUUUGGGACCCAGCCCUUUUCCGCGUGGACAUCGAUGUCGUGCCCUUCAACAUCACCGGCGAGACCUGCGCUGACCUGGAGGACGCCGUGUCCCGCUACACGAACAUCAUCGCCAGCUUCAUCGCCGAGUUCCGCGGCGUGACAGCAAGCAGACUCUACGCGUCUGGAGCCUCACACGUAGGGGACGACCCGCCCCUCCUACUGGAGCAGAUCGAGGUGGAGCUGCGGACGGCCUGCAGCGAGGACCAGUACCCCGAGUACGGCAUGGACGAGUCCUACUCGCUUACUGUCAACACCGGCGACGCCCUGGGACGAGCUGUGAUCGCAGCAGACACCAUCUGGGGAGCGUACCGUGGCCUCGAGACCAUGUCGCAGCUGUUCUACUACGAUCCCUCCGGAGCUGUGUUCGUCCGGAGUGGCAGCAUCGUGGACUUCCCGCGCUACAGCUAUCGCGGCUUCCUGCUCGAUACCGGUCGCCACUUCCUGAGCCUGGAUGUCAUCAAGCAGAACCUUGAUCUCAUGGCCUUCCACAAAUACAACGUCUUCCACUGGCAUCUUGUCGACGACCCGUCGUUCCCCUUCUACAGCGUCAGAUUUCCUCUCUUCGUUCUCGGUGCGUUCCGCGAAGACAAGAUAUACAGUCCCGACCAGGUAGCUGAUGUCAUUGAGUACGCACGUAAGCGCGGCAUUCGCGUCAUCCCCGAGAUGGACACCCCCGGCCACACACGCUCCUGGAACAGCUAUGACAUCCUCACGCGCUGCUAUACCGACGGAGAGCCGGACGGCACGUUCGGCCCGCUCGACCCGACCAACAGCAGCAUCUACUCGCUGAUCACCGACCUCCUGGACGAGGUGACUCAGCGCUUCCCGGACCGGAGCGUGCACAUUGGCGGCGACGAGGUGAGCUUCGGCUACGACUGCUGGCUCUCGAACCCGGGCGUUCAGGCGUGGAUGGCGGAGCGCAACUACACCACGCCGCAAGAGGUGGAGGCCGAGUACAUCACCAACCUGCUGGAAGUCGUCGCCGGACUACCAGAGAAGCCCCAGUACAUGGUCUGGCAGGAUGUCGUCGACCAGGGGAUCACCAUCAAAGAGGACGCCAUCGUGCACGUCUGGAAGGAGCCCGAGUGGCAGGCCGAGAUGGACAAGGUGACGUCGCUCGGCCACCGGACGGUGCUCUCUUCCUGCUGGUACCUGAACAAAAUCAGCUACGGCAUCGACUGGUACAAGUACUACGACUGCGAGCCGGAGAGUUUCGGCGGCAGCGCGCAGCAGAACGAGCUCAUCAUUGGCGGUGAGGCGUGUAUGUGGGGAGAGUACGUGGACGACACAAACGUGGUGGCGCGCUCGUGGCCCCGCGCCGCCGCACCCGCCGAGCGCCUCUGGUCGGCAAAGGGCGCCAACUCGCACAGCGAGGCAGCAGCUCGUCUGGAAGAACAGAGAUGCCGACUCAUCUACCGUGGCUUCGCGGCCGAGCCAUCUAACGGCCCUGGCUUCUGCUAGCGGUUGAAUCAAGUGGACCGAAGCAGCAUCUCACCACCGACUUCGAGAUUCAGCAAAUAUCUUAUCGAAAUUCAAAUUAAGAAUUGUAAGAGGUGUCAUCUUUACUUAUAUGCUCUUUACUCUUUACUUUUACUUUACUUAUAUACCUACUUAUUGCUCGAAUUGUCGGCCGUGAUUUGUAAUUUGUAUACAUACAUAUUCCCCCUACAAAAGGAUCUGGGACUGUCAGCUGUUAUAUCAGUGACGUGUCACCCUUGCUCAUGUAUGAGCCAACCAUGUUAUUGGACUUCGAGUCUGCUAAUACAAUGGUCUUUACUCUC